AUGUCUGACCAGAAAUCCUACCAAGGCAGCUGCCACUGCGGGCAGGUGAAAUAUUCCGUGUCGCUGUCUCCUCCACUGGAGCAGCAGGAUGUUAUCCAAUGCAACUGCUCGAUUUGCAGCAGAAACGGGUAUCUGUUUGUGUAUUCCAAGGCGGCAGAUUUGCAGUCUGAGCAUAGUGACAGCGCACUCAAGGAAUAUCGAUUUGCAUCGAAGAAUUAUCCCCAUUAUUUCUGCACCACCUGUGGUACUAGUCUCUACGCGAAAGGGUCAGCUCCAGACGGUGGGGAGCUUGUCGCUGUGAACGUCCGAACCAUUAAUGAUGUUGAUAUCAAGGCGUUGAAAUUCAAGGAGAUUGAUGGCCGGAAGGUUUAA